AUGAAUCAUUACCAAGAAAACUGCCAAGCUGUCUUGAAGCACAUUGCCCUUGUAAAACAACUCUUGGCCGAGAAUCCUGUUUGUGAAGCAAGCGAAUUAGAUGUGUAUGCACAGCGUUUAUUAAACAGUUCUUCAAAAAUAUUAGUCACAGGCGACUUGAAUUCAGGAAAAUCAACCUUGGUCAACGCACUCUUGAGAAAAAACAUUUUGCCUGUAGACCAGCAACCAUGCACUUCGAUGUUUUGUGAAGUUUACGCGAGUCAACAGAAUGAAUUACAUGCAUUAAAUAACGCUCAGUUGUACAACAAGCAAGACCCUAGCACAUAUGACACUAUCCCAUUGGGCGAUUUAUAUGAUCUCCUAACACAAGAAGAACCCGCUUAUAAAAUCCUCAAGUUAUAUACCAACCUAUUAGAUACGGACUCGAUGGUGUCUCGUCACCAUAUCACCCUGAUUGAUUCACCUGGUCUUAAUACAGACUCCAUUCGUUCAACAGCCAUGUUUGCACAAGAAGAAGAUAUUGAUGUGAUCGUAUUUGUGGUGAAUGCAGAGAAUCACUUUACAUUAUCUGGCCGAGAAUUCUUGUCGAAUGCAGUCGAUCAACACGUCUUUAUCGCAGUCAACAAAUUCGACCAUAUUCGAGACAAAGAGCGAUGCAAACGACUGAUUUUGGAGCAAAUCAGAGAUGUCUCGCCACGUACGUUUGAACAGGCCCAUGAUUUAGUGCAUUUUGUCAGUGCUGGGUAUGGUACAGACGCACCUGAAUUUCUCGAGUUGGAACAUAAGUUAUGCAGCUUUGUACUUCAAUUGGGUAUGGCGUCUCGCUUAGUGCCCGCGAAACAAUACGUGUCGGAUACGACUCGACGUAUGGUGGAUAUAGCCAAUCACCAAGAAACAGAAAUACACCAUCAAGUAGAUGCAUUGGAAUUCGACAUGAAGACCUUUUUGGCGGGUUACUCUCGCUUGAUUGACACGCAAUAUCAUAUUAAACACACCUGUGUUGAUUUGAUUCAGAAAAAAAUGCGGGUGAUUGAACAACAAGUGAAUGAAGCAUUGGAUACUUCCAUCAAUACGCUUUUGAGUCGCACCAUCUCCUCAGUGCCUUAUCCGGGGUUGUAUUCCAUUUGGCAGUAUGCCUCUACUAUCGCCAAUACAUUAUGUUCACAACUGCAGUCUGAUCUACAAACCAUUGAACUCCAAGCGUAUAGAGAGACACACGCAUGCAUUGAAGGCAUGAAUGCAGUGACAGCAGAUCAACUGAUCGAUAACUCUAGGGUCUUGGCCAGAAUGGACAGUAUAAAGCCAGUCUAUGAUCAUCCAAUCCAGAUUGAUGUUCAAGCAAGCGAUUUCCUGAUCAAUAAAAUGGACGACAAAAAGAUUGCUUUGACAACAGCCAGUCUUGCGGCUCUUUUACUGGAGACAGAGGCAUGUGGCGAUCACACUGCGCGAUGGUUGUCUAGCUGUCUGAAGCCUCUGUUGGGUAGUGUGGCCCAAACACAUUCACACCGUAUUCUAGGAUGGGCAUUGACCUGUGUCGGUCUGUUGAGUGUGAGCUGGACUGUGUAUUCGUUCUUGUCUGAUAUGCCAUUAGCUGUACAAGAAAACUUAAAGCACAAGUUCCAAAAGGCGAUUGAAAAAGAACAAAUCAAGCAAUCCAGAGUGUCUAGUAUUAUUCAACAAGCACAGCAUGUACUAGAAACGCAGCAGACAGACAUGCUCUAUCGUAUUGGCCAAAUGAUUGGUGUCAAAGAUCAAAAGAAAGCUCAAUUGGAGCAAAACCUGUUUGAAUCCAAAGCAAAAUGGCAUCAACUUCAGUCAUGGCUUUCAAGAUCCAAUACACUUUUGAAAGAAACUGAAUUUAUUUAA